CGAAAUUUGGUUAAACCGGACGGUGGACGUGGGUGGAUAGCAAUAGAGAAUGAUAAGGAACAAUGCUAUCUCCAGCUAUCUCGCGCGAUCAUCAUCUUGACGAUUAUCGCCUCGACGCGAUUCGGGAAUUACCGAAUUAUCGAGCACCGCCGCUACAGUAGAGCUACCGCGGUCUCGCUCGUAAGGUAAAGAUCUCAACGACAGCUGCAGACGCUGACAGCUGUGAGAGUGUGGUUUCAACUCGUGAGCUGUUCCAGUGAUCAUCUCGUACCGCUAGUGUGACAUUGUCAAUAUCUUCCGGCUGCUUCUUCCUCGAUUCGCCUUCCGGACCGCCGCGUGAAGAUAAACCGCGUAGCUUGAUCGGACCACCAGCGGAUCUCGACUUUGGUCCACGUGAAAGAGCACCCUGUCGUUUCCCAUGUCAUAAUGCGCGAUUUGCGCACCAUCGUCGUCGUCGAACACCGCUAAAAUUACUCUCUUCUGCCUGUAAUAACGUAGCCUAGUCCAUUAUUUAUGUUGCUCAACGUGUGAUGUAAACAAUGCUACUUGCCAUGACUCAUACGAGCGAUAUGGAAUAUAACUCUUCCAUAUGACUUGUGAUUAUGAAGGUCUCUGUAUCGGGAAUAUGAUUGCGACGUCUCAGAAACGAGACUUGGCUAACACGUUUAGGAAUCCAUGUUUAAUAAAUAUGUACUGACGUGCACUGCAACGUGUGGAAAUCCUGUGACACUUGGUUUUGUCAUGCGGAAUAGAUCAAUCAGUAUUAUCUUUGGGUCCCUUAUCUUAUGGGCUGUGGCUACAUAUUUUUUAUUUUUGGAUCAACAAUCAGUUGGCAAGGAUCAGGAUAAGGAAAAGGACAAGCUAUCAAAUCAAAUCAGCAGAUUGGAGAAACAAGUAAAACAGCAGAUAAUUAUAAAUCAGGAACUUCUAGAAGGAAUCAACGAGAGCAAACGUCUUAAAAAAGAAUAUGAUAGAUUAAAUGCCCAGUUGUCAAUAGGUGAUGUGGAGAAAAAUAAAAACAAAAAACAUGAAGUCAAUAAGGAUAAGAGUAUAUUAUUGCAAAAAAUCGAAAACAAAAAUAAAUGGAAGAUGUCUAACGAUGAACAAAGCCCGACACAGGAAGUUGUCUUAUCUACUGAGGCAACACACAGUACUCCUUCGAGACAAAAGCUUCCUGACGGAUCUCCUAUAAUAGCUAUUUUGGUCGUUUCUUGUAAUCGUAUUACAGUAGAGCGAUGUCUAAACCAAUUAAUUAAGUUAAGACCUAGUAAAGAACAAUUCCCAAUAGUUGUAUCGCAAGACUGUGAUCAUCGACAAACUGCUGAUGUCAUAGCAAAAUAUGGAAACCAGCUGCUACAUAUGAAGCAACCUGAUCAGUCCGAUAUUGAAAUACCACCUAAAGAAAAGAAAUUCAGGGGAUACUUCAAAAUCGCACGUCACUAUAAAUGGGCGUUAAAUCAAGUAUUUCUGAAGCUUGGAUAUAAUACUGCAAUUAUAGUUGAAGACGACUUGGACGUCGCUCCAGAUUUUUAUGAAUACUUCCUGGGGACUUAUCCCUUACUAGUGAAUGAUAGCUCUCUAUGGUGUGUAUCUGCGUGGAAUGAUAAUGGUAAAGCCGGCUUGGUGGACGAACAUGCGCCACAUUUACUGUAUAGGACAGAUUUCUUUCCUGGCUUAGGUUGGAUGCUCACACGCGAUUUAUGGUUAGAGCUUGCACCUAAGUGGCCCAAAUCAUACUGGGACGACUGGAUAAGGCAGCCGGAACAGCGUAAGAAUAGAGCUUGCAUCCGCCCGGAAAUCUCACGAACCAGAACAUUCGGCAAACUUGGAGUCAGCAACGGCUUAUUCUUUGAAAAACAUCUGAAGUACAUCAAGCUAAAUGAACAAUUUGUGCCUUUCACCAAGAUGAAUCUAUCCUAUUUAUUAAAAGAUAAUUACGAUAUAGCUUUCGUCAACCAAGUGUAUCAGUCGACAGUGGUCAGCUAUUCCGAAUUGAAAAGUGGAAAUAUUGUUGCCCCUGGUCCAGUACGAAUACCAUAUUACACUCGUCAAUCGUUUAAAAAUAUUACCAAAUUACUUGGUUUAAUGGACGAUUUCAGGAGCGGUGUGCCAAGAUCAGGAUACCGCGGUGUGGUGACGUUUUUUUAUAAUGGAAGACGCGUGCAUUUAGCACCAAGUGCAAAUUGGAGCGGUUAUGAUAUAACAUGGAGCUAACACAUGAUUAUGCUCUAUAAAGACUUGUAGAUUGCACAAGAAUAUCGCGUGCAUUUCUUCUUUGAUAUUCAACAGAUUAGGUAACAAUUGCGAUGAAUCAACAGUGAAAUCUGUAUUUAUGUCAGCAGCAUACGGCUAUGCUCCAUAGAAUUAAGUAGAAGCCGGUGUUACAUUCCUCAUCGGUUCCUAAUCGGUUUUAAAUAUACCCUUUCGUAAAGAAAUGUGUCACACACAUUUAUAAGUUUAUAUAUGCGUGAUUUAUGCGUAAAUGAAUUAUCAUUCAUUUACAGUAUAUAUGUCAUGUAUUUUGUAUAUCUGCGUUUCUAAAGAUUACAUUUAUCGUUUUUUAGUAUAUAUAUUUAAAUGACUGCUAAAGUUGAUUGUAUCUCAUGUACAUAAAAUGCCGUAGUAAUAUCGAUAAAGCAAUAUUCUUAAUUAAUUAUUAUCACGUAUCUUCCGAUAUCCGAAAACGAUAAUAUGUUGAUAUAUUUUUGCUCGUACUGCUUUUAAAAAUUUUGUUAUGAAGUCAUGUGACGUAUGACAAAUGAAGUAUAUAAUUUUUUCGAAGAACCCAAUCAAACUGCAUCUUUAUUAUUUAUUUCACUAUCCACGAGCUAUAUCCUUUAACUUUAUUCUAUGAUCUCUUAAUCUAAACUG